CAUCAUAUUCCAACUAUGCAUAAGGAAAAAAACGUAGAAUAUCUGUGGCCACAAUACACUAUAUUGUACUUGAAUAUAUAUUUUUCAGGAGCGUACGAAGGAAAUGUUGGCAGUCUGUCAUACAGCAGCGCUUCGGCGAAUGCAUAUAGUUCCUCAGGAACAGGAAGCACAUUUAUAGGAAACGAGGGACACAAAGGAAUUCGUAGUUACGACACCAGUGGCGGACACAACCAGCCAAGCGGUGGAGGAGGCCACCAAGACGGUGGUUGCAAAUGGUCCAAAUGUAAAUGGGAGAACGAUGAUUAUUGGGAGAAGGACGAAGAAGAAACUGAACCGGAAGAAGAAGACGAAGACGAGUGCUACGACGAUGGACAAUAUAAAGUUCACGAUCAUAGGCAGAAAAGCAAAGGAGGAUCGCCUCCUGGGGUGCAGAAAUUAGCCGCGCCUAAUCCUUUCAAUGGUCAACAACCGUACACAGGAAGCGGUGUUCCUUUUGGAACAGUGACACCAACGAGUGGCCAUUCGCAAACCACAGAUGCACACAGAUCACAACAACCGUUCAAUCAACAACCUGGUUCAAAACCGAAUCAAAGAUAUGAUGGUCCAACACCUGGAACAGGUUCGCAUCCUUCCGCGUGGAACUCGGCUCCUGGAAGCUCCUGGUCGAAUGCAGAUGUAUCCACGGAUAAAAAUGGGCCUAAAACAGGUUUUGGAUGUGCAGGAAAUUAUCAACGCGAGACUGGCUGUGUUCAAGACUCAAACAGUGCUUCUCCUGUCAAACAAGCUCUAUUACCAUUCCCAGGAAUUGAAGGCGUUCAAAAGGAAAGUUCUCCUGGUUACUUCAGUCCUGCGUCUGGAUGUUCGGGUAGUCCCUAUGAAAAAUGUAUUGAUAAGUCUGGAGGCCAACCAACGAGAUCAUACGAUAGUGAUAAACCUUCAUAUGGAUCAAAUAUAGGACAAGGGCGGUAUCCUGGACCGCCGCAAAACGUACCUUAUGGACCACAAUACUCGGCGAGUAAACCGUUAGAAAGUAAUACAGGGCCUUACGGUGGACCAUCGCAAAAUGCAGCCAAUUCUCACGUUGGAAUAAGUCUCGAUUCUGGUGCAGGCAAGACGCCAAUAUUCGGUUCCACAGAUUCAUCUCCAAUCGCUUCUAACGGUCCGUUUGGAACUGCACAAACGUCUGGUUUUCCGAGCGAUAACGCACCAUCUGUAACUCAAAAGCCAGGUUAUAGCAGCGUGAAAGGUUCUUCGGGUACGAAUGCAGGAUCUAGAACUAAUGCGUCGAAGGAUGGAGAUAGUAAAAUAUUUUAUAUAAACGUGAGCCCUGCUUCGGGAAAACCCGAAGGACAUAAACCUUCAAAUGCUGAUGAAAAGACACAACCUUUUUAUCGGCCUAAUUACAGCGCUACUGGAACAACGAAACCUUUUUACCAACCUAAUUCUCACGACAGUGCUCAAACGACGAAACCUGCUUUCUAUGAUGGAAAAACGCAAUCUUCGUAUCAGCCUGCUUCUGAUUUUGGAACGGCAAAGCCUACUUAUCAACCUAGCGUUUAUGGUGGAACAACGAAACCUUCCUAUCAACCUAAUCCAUAUAGUGGUACUGGAACAACAAAGCUUGCUUAUCAACCUGGCGUUUAUGGUGGAACAACGAAACCUUCUUACCAACCUACUCCAUAUAGCGAUUAUGGAACAACAAAGCCUGCUUAUCAACCUAGUCCAUAUAGUGGAACUGGAACAACGAAACUUUCUUACCAGCCUGGCCCUUAUAAUGAUUUUGGAACGACAAAGCCUGAUUAUCAACCUGCCGUUUAUGGUGGAACAACGAAAUCUUCCUACCAACCUAGUCCAUAUAGCGGUAUUGGAACA